AUGACAUCUCAGGUGGUCCCCUUCAUCAUCAACGGCGCCGAGAGCCGCCCCGAGAAGACGUUUGACGUGGUGUCACCCGGCACCGGGAAAGUCGUCCACCAAUGCGGAGUCGCGACCGAGACCGAGGCGCUGGCUGCCGUUGACGCCGCUGCCAAAGCGCUCCCGGCAUGGCGCAACACGACGCCUGGCCAGCGUCGGGACAUCCUCCUCAAGGCGGCCGAGAUCUUUGAGAAGAGGCGGCCGGAGCUGGCCUCGUACAUGAUCGAUUCGGUGGCGGCGGCGCAGGGCUGGGCCGAUUUCAACAUCAGCGUGACCGCCGACCUCGUCAAAGACGUCGCCGGCCGAAUCAGCUCAAUAGCGGGCUCAAUCCCGACGCUUGCGGACCCCAGCGUCAGCGCCAUGGUCGUCAAGGAGCCCUACGGCGUGGUGUUGGCAAUCGCGCCCUGGAAUGCACCCUAUAUUCUGGGUACUCGCUCGGUGCUAUUCCCCAUUGCUGCGGGCAACACGGUCGUCUUCAAGGGAUCUGAGCUGUCGCCAAAGGUCUUCUGGGCCAUCACCGACAUCUUUAAGGAGGCUGGACUGCCUGAUGGCGUCUUGAACUUCAUUUCCACAGACCCUCCCCAUGCGGCAGCGGUCACCGAGACCCUGGUCUCUCACCCGCACAUCAAGAAAAUCAACUUCACUGGAAGCACCGCUGUUGGCAGGAUCAUCGGCAAGCUCGCCGGUCAAUACCUGAAGCCGGUUGUACAGGAGCUGGGUGGCAAAGCUCCCGCCAUCAUCUGGCACGACGCCGACCUGAACAUUGCCGCGGAGCAGUGUGCCCUGGGAUCGUUCAUGUUCUCCGGCCAGAUCUGCAUGAGCACGGAGAGGAUCUUGGUUCACAAGAAGAUCAGCCAAGACUUCCAGAAGAAGUUUGUGGAGAAGAUCGAGGCCAUGUUUUCUUCCAAGGGCGAUGCACCGGUACUAAUCAACGCCAACGCCGCCGACAAGGUUAAGAAGCUGCUCAAGGAUGCCGUCAGCAAGGGAGGAUCCGUGGUCAACGGCAACAUCGAUGCCGAGGAAGCCUCCAAGACGAGGCUGCGACCGAUCGUGAUCGCCGGCGUCACUCCCGAGAUGGACCUCUACGCAACCGAGAGCUUUGGCCCCUCGGUCAGCUUGAUCGAGAUCGAGACGGAGGAGGAGGCGCUCCGCAUAUCGAACGAUACCGAGUAUGGCUUGACGUCGGCAGUCUUCACUGAGGACCUGCGGACCGGCCUCAGGUUCGCCAAGGGCAUCGAGACGGGCGCGGUGCACAUCAACAACAUGACAGUCCACGAUGAGUCUGCAUUGCCUCAUGGAGGCUGCAAGGCUAGCGGUUAUGGACGAUUCAAUGCAACAAAUGGUAUCGAGGAGUGGCUGAGGACAAAGACUAUCACAUGGCGUUCAUAA